UGAUGAUCCACCAGCUUGAAUCUGAACCGCGGUUAGGCUUCAAGACCAUAGUCCAUAGGGGAAGGGGAAGAAGAUGACGAAAUUGGUGUAAUCGCAGGGCCGUGAAAUUAAAAACAUUUAGACAUCAAAGCCCAACAAAUUCCUAAAAGCGGAGAUCAGAGACAGCCGUUUCCAGUAUGAGUGACCUCAAUAACCACGCCUCUUUCCCGUCUCAGCCUCAGACGGUGGCGUCUACUGACGAUUCUCACCCUCCGCCACUGUCGGCCUCUGUCGAAGCCCCUGCUCAGCUCCCACAAGAUGCAACUCCUCCUCCCCAAUUUGAUCCUAGCCGAAUGAUUGGCAUCAUCAAAAGGAAGGCUUUGAUCAAAGAUUUGGCUGCUGUAUACCAUGCCGAGUGCCUUUCAUAUUGUCAACAGCUUUUGGAACUUCAAAGAAAACUAGAAGAGCCACAGUUUGACAUAAAAACUCCCGAGGAUCCAAGGAAAGAGCUGUCAAGACCCCCAAAGAGAUUAAAGAAAGCUCGUUAAGCACCCAGUUUACUGGACUGAGUCAACUGAAAACCAGCAAAGAUUUGGCAUGGGUCUUUCCAUUGUGAUUUUAUCACUUGUAACAAGUAGACAAUGUUGAAAGAAAAACCACACUACGUUUAGUUAUGUCUAAACACGCUGUGAAUAUGAUGUACUAUUGUGUUAGGAGAAAAAGAGGUUUCAAGACUCGAGAUAUCCACCUUUUGAGACUCAGAUAAAUAUGCGGAAUUGUUUUUUCCUCUACCCUCCUGGUCUCACGAGUCUUGUUUUAUCUUUCCCAAAACAAUUAGAUAUUUAAUUGGAUAAUACAUUGUAAUACAUUGACCCCUUGGUCGUGAGUUCAUUUCCUAGAGACGAUGAUUUUUUGGGGGGACCAAGG